AUUUUAUUCUAAAUUCCCCCCAAUUCAAUGUCGAUGGACUGCCGCGGACAAAGACAUUGGCAGUUAUUGCAUCAGCUUUUUCGGCCGUGAAGGACGCGUAGUAGUCCGAUGCCGACAUUACUUGUGAUUGGCAGAUAUAGGUGGUCAGAUGGGCUGAGUGCCGGUGCUGCUGGUAUGGAACUAUGCUGUUGAAGGGUACUUGGGUAGUGAAGGAGAACUACUCCGAUGGUGUCAUGAUGACCGGCGAUGAGGAAGCCGGUGUUUUGACCGUCUCUUUCAUGGCGCUUCACGUUGGGAUUCUUUACCACUUCCGCUACCAGCAAGCACACUUAUUUAGGAGUUUGGUACACCAGGAACUCCAACGAAAAAGUAUGGCAACUCUUGAAGACAACGGUAUGAAACUCGGGGUGGACCUUAGGACGGGGAGGAGCUGGAACUUAACUUCUUGGAUCAGCUAUGAAAUCCCUGAUUCGGGUGCUUUCACCCUGAGUUGGGAACCCACUGACAAAGCAUCUCAGAGAUUUGUGAUUCGAAGAGGAGGCCAACCCUACUGGACCAGUGGGAAUCUAAAUAAGCAAAGGUUUCCAAACAUGUUUCAUUUGAAUGGUCCAUAUGGCCGAUAUACGUACAAUCUCAGUUUUGUAUAUAAUAAAGAAGAGAGAUACUUCAGUUUCCAUGGUAUUAAUGGUGUUCAACCCAUUUGGGUUUUAAGUUCCGGUGGCUAUGUUCAUGAUGUUGAUAAUGCUGCAGUUUGGACUCCUGCAUUCUGUUAUGGGUAUGAUUCGGAUGGGUGUGUAGCAGAUUCUAAUACGCUUCAGUGUAGAAGCGAAAAUGAUAAACUUAGAUACUUGAAGGGGGAUUUUGAUCGACACAUGACAAGAAUGUCGUAUGAUAGUAAUACAAGCCUGAGUAUGAGUGAUUGCAUGGUGAGGUGCUGGAAUGAUUGCAACUGUGUGGGAUUUAUCACAAGUAGCAACGGAACUGCCUGUGUUACAUGGACCGGGAUCAAAUCAGUUGAUAUCUUUUCAAUCGAAACGCCAAUGGACUCUGCGGAAAAGUAUGUGUUACUUUCUCCAAAUCUGGGUAAAGGAAAUGCUAAAAUCAGGAUUUGGGCACCGGCUGUUGCUGCCAGUGUUUUACUUUUCUUUUGCCUUGGUCUAUUUUGGUAUCUUAAGAAGAGCAAGCUUAGAAGAGAAGAGGAAGAGAAACAAAAGAUAGAGGAUGAAUAUUUCCUGGAGUUGAUAGCUUCAGACAACUUCAAGGAUGCAAGUAAUCUCGAACGCAAUGGCAGAAAAGGAAGCGACUUAAUGGUGUUCAGCUUUGCUGCUAUAGUUGCAGCCACAAAGGACUUUGCAAGUGAAAAUAAGCUCGGACAGGGUGGUUUCGGACCUGUUUAUAAGGGGAAACUUAGCGAUGGACAAGAAGUUGCAAUUAAAAGACUUUCAAGGACAUCAGGACAAGGGCUUGUGGAAUUUAAGAAUGAACUUGUACUUAUUGCCAAACUUCAACAUACAAAUCUUGUCCGUAUUCUAGGUUGUUGUGUUCAUGGAGAAGAAAAAAUGUUAGUUUAUGAGUACAUGUCCAACAAGAGUUUGGAUUUCUUUCUCUUUGAGGAAACAAGAAAGGCGCUGCUAGAUUGGCCGAAACGAUGGAACAUCAUCGAGGGGGUCGCACAGGGCUUGCUUUAUCUGCAUAAAUACUCAAGAAUGCGAGUUAUUCACAGAGAUCUGAAAGCAAGUAAUGUUUUGUUAGAUGAAAGUAUGAACCCCAAGAUUUCUGACUUUGGUAUGGCGAGAAUAUUCAAGGAAAAUGAGACCCAUGCAAUGACAAAUAGGGUGGUUGGAACAUAUGGUUACAUGUCUCCUGAGUAUGCAAUGGAAGGAACUUUCUCAGUGAAGUCUGACGUCUUCAGCUUUGGAGUCUUGACCUUAGAAAUCGUGAGCGGAAGAAGGAAUACUACCUUCUCUCAUCUUGACAAGACUGUAAAUCUAAUCGGAUACGCAUGGGAGCUAUGGCUACAAGGGGAUGCAUUGGAGUUUGAGGAUCCAACGCUAGCCAAUAGUCAUGUCACACACAAAUUGUUGAGGACUACCCAUGUGGCACUUUUAUGUGUACAAGAAAUUGCAUUGGAAAGACCCGUGAUGUCGGAUGUGAUCUCUAUGCUUAACAAUGAUACGAUGUCUUUACCUGCCCCAAAACAGCCAGCAUUCUUGUUUGGUAGAACUAUAUUGAAGUCAACAUUAGCUGAAAGAAAGCCUCAGGACUGUUCUCUGAACAAUAUGACCAUUACUUCAAUGGAGGCUCGAUAGCAUAUCAUAGUGGUUUUUAACUAAUCGCUAGUGGUACUAAAAAAAUUGUCUUUAGAACUUAUCAAAAUUCUAUGAAAGUGUUUAAAAUAAUUACUUGGAUUUUUCCUGGGUGCUUUAAGUCAUGGGUUGGUCGCCAAACUUGUAUUUAAUUAUAUGUAUGCCGAACUUGGGCGGUGCAACCAAGAUCCUUGAUGGCCACAGUUGCUUUGAUGGUGG